AUGACCGCCCCGGCCGGCAGCCCCCCUCCGGGGGAGGCCCUGGGCCCCCCCGCGGCCCCCCAGGACGCCUGGCGGCCCCCGGCCGCCCCCCCGCACAUCAGCCACCGCGCCAACAGCUUCAAGCGGCACCCGCGGGGGCGGAGCGUCCGGCCCUCCCCGCCGCCGCCCCCCAACACCCCCUGCCCCGCCGAGCUGGUGGGCUUCGGGGACCCGCCCCCCCAGCGGUCCUUCCGGGAGCUGCUCUGCAACGGCUGCAUCCUCUUUGGCAUCGAGUUCAGCUACGCCGUGGAGACGGCCUACGUGACGCCUGUGCUGCUGCAGAUGGGCCUCCCCGGCCAGCUGUACAGCCUCGUGUGGUUCAUCAGCCCCAUCCUCGGAUUCCUACUGCAGCCACUCUUGGGUGCCUGGAGUGACCGAUGUACCUCAAGGUUUGGACGGAGACGCCCUUUCAUUCUUGUCCUGGCCAUAGGGGCGCUGCUGGGCCUCUCGCUGCUGCUGAACGGCCGGGACCUGGGCGCGGCGCUGGCGGACGGGCCGGGCCAGCACCGCUGGGGCCUGCUGCUCACCGUGGGCGGCGCGGUGCUCAUGGACUUCAGCGCCGACUCCGCCGACAGCCCCAGCCACGCGUACCUGAUGGACGUGUGCGGGCCGGCUGACCAGGACCGCGGCCUCAACAUCCACGCGCUGCUGGCAGGCCUCGGCGGCGGCUUCGGCUACGUGGUGGGCGGCGUCCACUGGGACCGCACCGGCUUCGGGCGCGCGCUGGGCGGGCAGCUGCGCGUCCUCUUCCUCUUCACGGCCGUGGUCCUGGGCGCCAGCACCGCCCUCACGCUGCUCAGCAUCCCCGAGCGGCCGCUGCGGCCCCGGGCCGGGCCCAGGCCGGCCAUGAAGAGCCCCAGCCUGCCGCUGCCGCCCUCGCCGCCCGCCCCGGGCCCGGAGGCCGCCCCCUCGGGCCCCUGCAGCCCCCUCUCGCCGCCCAGCCCGCUCACGCCCGGGUACGGCAGCCUCCUCAGCGGGGACGGCUCCCCGGCCGCGCUCAGCGCCUUCGCCUCGUCCUUCGCCGCCUCCCACAUCGACAGCGUCCUCAUCGACUGCUUCACGGGCGCCCCGGACGCCCCGGACGCCCCGCCGCCCGCCCUGAGCCUCAGCUUCCCCCGGGCGGACCCCGGGGCGCGGGGGGCGGGCCUGGCCCCCGGCGGUGACCUGAGGGUGGGCUCCCUGGACGCCCCCAAGCCGCGGGCGGCCGGCAUCCUGAAGAGGCCCCAGAGCCUGGCCCUCCCGGAGGCGGCCGGGGCCGGGCCCGAGCCCGGCAGGAGGAGGACCGUGACCUUCAGCCAGCAGGUGGCCAACAUCCUGCUGAACGGCGUCAAGUACGAGAGCCAGCUGCCGGGGCCCAGCGAGCCGGGGCCGGCCCUGUCCCUGCGGCACCUCUGCGCCACCAUCCGCCGCACGCCCCGCGCGCUGCGCAGCCUGUGCGUCAACCACUUCCUGGGCUGGCUCUCGUUCGAGGGGAUGCUGCUCUUCUACACGGACUUCAUGGGCGAGGUGGUGUUCCAGGGGGACCCCAAGGCCCCGCGCACGUCCGAGGCGUUCCAGCGGUACAACAGCGGCGUCACCAUGGGCUGCUGGGGCAUGUGCAUCUACGCCUUCAGCGCCGCCGUCUACUCCGCGAUCCUGGAGAAGCUGGAGGAGCGCCUGAGCGUCCGCACGCUCUACUUCGGGGCCUACCUGGCCUUCGGGCUGGGCACCGGGCUGGCCACGCUGUCCCGCAACCUGUACGUGGUCCUGUCCCUGUGCGCCACCUACGGCGUCCUCUUCUCCACGCUGUGCACGCUGCCCUACUCGCUGCUGUGCGACUACUACCACAGCCGGGAGUUCGCAGGGUCCAGCGCGGACGGCACACGGCGGGGAAUGGGCGUGGACAUCUCGCUGCUCAGCUGCCAGUACUUCCUGGCCCAGAUCCUGGUGUCGCUGGUGCUGGGGCCGCUGACGGCGGCGGUGGGCAGCGCCCGCGGGGUGAUGUACUUCUCCAGCCUCGUGUCCUUCCUGGGCUGCCUCUACUCCUCCCUAUGCGUGGUCUACGAGCUGCCGCCCGGCACGGCCAGCGAGGAGCACCAGCCCCUCCUGCUGGGCGUGUGA